AUGGACGCCAAGAAAGGGAAGCGCAGCCACCUCGGGCUGGGCUUCCGGAGGGCGCACGACGACGCGCGCACCCUCACCCCCAGCGGCCGCGCCGGCGCCCCGCGUUCCGAGCCCCCCCGGCCCCGGCGCUCCGAGCGGCGGCGGCGGCCAUCGCGGCCUCGGGGCCGGGGCCGUCGCCCCGCGGCCGCCUUUCUGGCGAAGCACCAACCCCCCGAGCGCGGCGGCUCCACGCGCGGCGCCCGCGUCCCGGACGGGCAGCCCCAGGGGGCCGGGCCGCACAAAGGCCCGCGGCCCGCCGGCGGGGCCCUCGCGCCCCCCGCCCGGCCACCGAGGACGGCGGCGAGGGGGGCCCGGCCGUCCGGGCGGCCCGGGCGCGGGCGACCCCCGACGCGAGGCCGCGGGGAUUACCUUCCGUGCGGGCCGGCGUCUCAGGGCCGCGGCGUCGGGGCUCGGCGGGCCGCGGCGUCCCCCUCGCGGGGUCCCCGGGCCGGCGUCGGGGACGGCGGGCGCGGGGGGCGGGGGCGGCUGUCCCGGCCCCGGCGCGGCGGUCCGUCGGAGGAGGCGGCGGCGGGGGGCAACUUUUCACUCGUGACACCGCCCGGAAUUGCCGUGCGAAACUCACUUCCUGCCUCGGCGAGCGGCAGCUCCCGCUCGGGCCCCGGGAACCCGGAAAACCAGCUCGGCUCGGCGCGGCGCUCGCUGGCUCGGCGGCGGGGGGGAGGGGACGCGGGCGGGCGGGCCGAGGGGGCGGCGGCCGCGGGCUCCGGGCCGCGCACACCCGACGGCGGCCCGACGCGGCGGGCGGGGGCGAGGCCGGGGCCCCGCGCGGGGAGCCCGGGCCGCGCUAGGCCGCCGCCGCCGCCGCCUCGCCGCCGCCCCCCGAGCCGGGCGGCGGGGUUAUUGUCUCGAACGCGCCGGCCGCGCCCAGCGCCCGCGCCGCGCCGCCGCCCGAGCCGGGGAGCCGGGGAGCCGGGCGCGCUCGGUGGCGGCCCCCUCUCCGGGCCGCCGGCCGCCCUCUCCGCCCCGCUCCUCCGCCUUCGCCGCUCGCCCCGGCGCCCGCUCCCGCGUUCCCGCCGCCGGCCCUCCGCCCCGCUUCCUCGCCUUCCUGCCCGGCGUCCGAGGCUCCCCGACGAGGCGCGGGCGGCCGGGGCCGGGCCGGAGGCAGCCCGGUCUCCUCGCGAGCUCGCGGGGCCGCGGCAGGGGGCGAGGCUGCGUCCCCCGCGCCGCCGCGCCGCCUUUCACUCGACCCGACGCCGGAGAGCCCGCCGGCCGCCGCUGCCUCAGCCGCGGCGCCCCGGCCUCCUCCGCACGCGGGCUCGGGGCGCCGGAAACCAGCGCGGCGGCCCGGCGGAGCUCCCCGAGGCCCGGCCUCGCCCGGCGGGCCGCGAGACAAAGCCGGCGCGGGGAGCCGGGAGCGGGGAGCCGGGAGCGGGGAGCCGGCCCGCGCCGCCGCGCCUUUGUUCGAGGAGGCCGGGCGCGGGGUGCGGGCGCUCGGGCUCGCGGGCCGGGCCUGCUCGCCGCGCCGGCCGGGCGGCCGUGGGGGGCGGGGGGCCGGGAGCGUCCGGCCAGCGCGCAUGGCGCCCGCGCUCGCCGCCUUCCUCGCGCGCCACCCGGCUGGGCGCCCUCGUGUCCCCCGGAGAAGGGGCGGCCCGGCGAGCGAACCGGUGCCGCGGCGGUCACUGGCUCCGGCCCCGGCCCCGGCCCCGGGCCGCCCCGGGACGCGCGCGCCCCAUUCGAAUUGGGAGCCGUGUGGGCUUCGGCCUGCGUCCCGGGAGAGAGGAAGCCCAGCCACCCGACAAGUGUGCCGGGGUGCGCGGGCCCGGGGCUGCGGCUCCGCGGGCGGGCGGGGGGGGCUCCGGGGGCGGCCUGGGGGCUCGGCGGGCGGCCUGGGGGCUGCGGGGGGGGGGCUCGGCGGGCGGCCUGGGGGCUGCGGGGGGGGGCUCGGCGGGCGGCCUGGGGGCUCCGGGGGCUCGGCGGGGGGCUCGGCGGGCGGCCUGGGGGCUCCGGGGGCUCGGCGGGGGGCUCGGCGGGCGGCCUGGGGGCUCCGGGGGCUCGGCGGGGGGCCCGGCGGGCGGCCCGGCGCGUGGAGGACGCCGGACGCGCGGAAACCUCCGGCCAGCCGCGGCCCCUGGGAGCCGGGUCGGAGCCCAGCGGGCCCGCCGUCCCCCAGCACCCGGUCCUGGAAUUCGAGGCUGCAUCUCGUCUCGGGUUAACUGGAAACUGUGCGGCUCGAAACUGAUUACUAAGAGCUUCAUGGAAAUUAUUCACAUUCUUAUUAUUCAUUCCAUAAUCGUGCUAAAUAAUGAAAAUUAUGGUCUAUUUACUCCGUUUUGGUUAGAGACCUUGUCAACAAGAAGUUGUACUUUACAGUAUAUCAUCUGCCCAGGAGAGCACGAGAAGCGGCUGGCCCGGGACAAAGAAAACGCAUUGCAGAUGAUCUACAGUGUGGAUAAUCCACAAAUCAUCGGUAGGGAUUAA